GUGACAAAGAUCAGCAGAAUCUGCGUGUUUUUAGCUUUUUUUCCGCAAAACAAAGAUUGUUAUUCGCUUCAUUUGUUUAAUUCAUUAAUCUGCCGAAAUGCAUUAAAAUUCACAAAGACUGUAACUUUAGUUAUUUGCAUGCAUCGUUUGUUUUUCUUUGUGCUCCUCGCAGCUCUCAUGUUGGGACAAGCAGCGGAUUCCUCCUCCAUUGGGCUGCUUUCAUUUUCUGGAUAAAACUUGUGGGGUCGGAUCGACCUAGAUGCUUUCUUUUAGCUUUCGGGGAAAUUAUGUAGCCUAAAAUAAUAACGUUACAAAAAAAGAAAUGGUCGAAGUUGUUACAUUUGGGAUUUGAUCAGAAAAACGAGCUCACUUUACAGAAAAUGUGGUGUUUGAUGAUAAUAGACCUUUUGAAGAACUUGGAUCAUGAUUCAUAAAUCGGGUUUCCUUUGUCUGUGCCUGUGGUUUGCACGUGGUGUGUUUGGUGUUGAUGCAGAUGAAGUGAAGUCAGUGUCAGUGAUGGAGGGAGAUUCUGUCACUUUACACACUAAUCUUACUGACAUACAAAAACGUGAUCAGGUAUUGUGGAUGUUUGGACCUGAAGAGACUCGUGUAGCUGAAAUCCAUAAGAAAAGCAUUGAUAUGUAUGACAGUAAUGAGAAAUUUGGAGACAGACUGAAGUUGGACAGUCAGACUGGAUCUCUCAACAUCACAAACACCAGAAUCACAGACUCUGGACUUUAUAAACUACAGAUCAUCAGUGACAGAGGAAAUUCAGACAAGAAAUUCAAUGUUACUGUGUAUGCUCAACUUUCCGUUCCUGUCAUCAUCAGAGACUCUUCUCAAUGUUCUUCAUCAUCAGAAAGAUCUUCAGUGUCAAAAUGUGUUUUGUUGUGUUCAGCGAUUGAUGUGACACAUGUGAGUCUCUCCUGGUACAAAGGAAACAGUUUAUUGUCCAACAUCAGUGUGUCUGAUCUCAACAUCAGACUCUCUCUACCUCUGGAGGUGGAAUAUCAGGAUACAAACACAUACAUAUGUGUGGUGUCCAAUCCAGUCAGCAUCCAGACUCGACAUCUCAACGUCAGUGAUAUCUGCCAGACAUGUUCAGAAAAAAAUGAUUUUCCAGUAGUAAUCGCUGUUGUUAUAGCGAUUCUUAUUGUGAUAGCAGCAGUAGUUGUUGCGGUGGCUGUAUACUUACACAGAAAAAAGUCCUGUCCAGCAACACCUGAAUUUCAGAUUCAUGAAGAGGUGCUUUACGCUGAGACGACAUUUUGUGCACGUAGAGUAAAGAGUUCGGUAAGAGUUUAUAGAGUUGCGGUGUGCGCUGUGUAUUUCUGUCUGUCUAUAAAAAAUCUUAAGAGGAAAAAUAUCUAAAUUCGCUUGCAAAGCUGAAGGAGAUAUCAGUGUUGUUUUGUGCUUCUGCUUCACGUCUUCAUUUUGUGUGAGAAUGACAUGGAUUGCCACAAACUCAAAUUGUUGUAGAAAGAUCCAUGCUUCAUAGCUUAAAGAUUGAAUAAUCUGUAGCUGAUUGUGUUUAUACGAUUAUGAAUGUUUGUGUGCCAGUCAUAUUAGAUCAGCUCCAUGUUUGAUGUCACUGGUAUGAUCAGUUUUUUCAGAUACUUAUACUGCUUAUUUAUUGUUUUCAUAAUAAAUUGCCUCCAAAAAGUAUUUUGACACUCGAAAGUGUUUAAAUGCACAAAUUUGUUUGGUAUAUGCACGCAAACAAAUUUGCUACUUGGUUUGAUGUUUUAAUUUAUGAAUGAAUUUAAGGAAAAAUCCCAAAUACUUUCCAAGAUCGAGGCGAUUUCAUUACCUCGGAUUUCUGAUUAACUCGGCAUUAUUUGUUUCUCAUGUUUUAAUUUCUAUGUCUUACAGAAAGGCGAUGAAGAGGACCACGUAGUUUACUCGAGUGUCUUAAAGAGGUGACAUAAUUAGUACCAAACAAUUGUCAAAACCUCUCAACCCUUUACAGAUCAUUUAGAUGUUUCCACAUUCCUAUAAACUGUAGCACCGCUGUAUAUCAGCCAACAACAUUCUUGAGACAUCUGUUGAACUCCCAUGUCCAUGGCCUACCCACCCUUGAAUAGUUUAGAUGCCCUAAAGACUUAAGGUCUUAGUAUUUCAUCACAGUUUGAGUAUUAGGAUAAUCUCCAGCAUUGCACUGCCUCUAACGUGAGUAUUUUUCAUACAGAAAUUACGGAAAGACUUGAUGUGUAGCCCAGUUAUUCACAUUUUUUUUAUCUUGCAACUAAACCAGAUGUAUGAUGAACUGAGAUACAGUACUGUCCACUGACUGUUGCAUUUUUUUUUUACUGACCUGCAUUUAUUUGCAGUUGCAUAAGUGUUUUUGAGAACCCAUUCCCACAAGGUCUAUCAUGCUGAGUUCAAUGGAAAAUUCCAUCUACUGCCAAUACUCAGCACUUAAAAUGUUUAGUAUUAACUAUUGGUUUAUGAUUAUUGUUACAUUGUAUUUUACAUUCCCAGUGUUUUAUACUUGCGAAACCAACUUUUGUAUUUGCGUAAUAUUUUUUUUUACUAUUUGUGAUGAUGUGUUAUGUUCACAUUUAUAACUGUUCCAUAUCCUGAGUAUUCAAACAAGCAUUUCUAAAUCUGCAAAUCAUCUGCAAAAUGAAACCCCUUAAAAAGGUCUUUGGACUGAUGUGGUUUACUGUGGUUUAUAAUGGGACACGUGUUUGGCUCUGCUGACAGGAAAUGCAAUGUUAUCGGAUUUAAAGGCACUUAAAAAGCUUUUGAUUUAGCCACAACACUGAUUUUUAUAGGAAAAACAGCCUUUAAGUGAUACUUCACCCAAAAAUAAAAAUUCUGUCAUCAUUUACUCACAUUUGAAUUGUUUCCUCAUAACCAGAAAGAUCUCAACACCCAUUGUCUCCCAUAGUAGGGAAAAUAACUUUAUCUUUUUUUCCUUUAAUAAGCAUUUUAGAAAUUGUAGAAAAGCAAACAUUUCUGGAGCACUUUUGACCAUUGUUUACCAUUGUUUUUUUUCCUACUAUGGUGGUCAAUGGGUGGUGAGAUUCAUUUGGUUAUAAGCAGUAUUCCAAAUAUCUUUCUCUGUGUUCAUCAGAACAAAAAAAUUGAAGCCAUUUAGAAAAGCUUGAUGGUGAGUAAUUUAUGACACAAUUUUAUUUUUUGUUGAAGUAUCCUUUAAAUACUGAUACUGACGGAUAAGGUAUAAAACGUGUUUGAUGAAGAUCGCAUGGACAAGGUUGUACAAGUGCCUGCAAGAAUUUAAAUCGCAAUAAUAAUUGUGCCUUGGCAUUCCAUGAAAAACAUGUUUUGAACUUUUCAGUCAAAGGUGUUAUGUUCUAUGUCAUUAUUAAUGCAUUCUGCAAUUAGUUGACUUAUACAUUACUAACUGCCGAUUUACAUCAAAUGUACAGCAAAUGUAUUGUUAUCAAUGCUGCCAGACAAAAUAAAAUGUCUUUGUUUACCAGAA